GCCGCGAUAGCUACAACUACAACCCGAGACCAAUUCCGCCAUACUACCCAAGGAAACCUGCGCACCGCCAUCACCGCCGCCGCAGCCUCUGUUCCCACAGACGCCUCUCUCCUACUCCCAACCCCAAUCAAACGCACCGCUGAAUCGCCUGCAGUAGCUGGAGCGCACCUUGGUGCGAUCCUACCACACCUCUGAGCUCACGAGGAAUCUUUAAUGGCGUCGGAGUGGCAUCGCCAGCCAUAGCAGCCUGGCUGGCUGAGGUGCAGGCUGCCAGGCUGCCGAGGCGAUCACUUGCCAACCCUCUGCUCUCCUUUUCUAGGCGCACUGUCUUGCUUUGAUGCAUACGGCACCACAGAUGAAUGCCCGGUCUCGGAGGCCGGCGGCGGCGCGCGGUGCGAAAGCGCCCCCGAAGAGCGACAGCAGAGUGACGGAGACGGAUCCGAGGAAGACCGUGACGCCGGUGAAGGGAUCGGGCAACGCCGGUACCAGGGGCACCAUGAACAGGAUCCAGUCGAGGAGAGAGCGAAAGCUCGCGCUACAGCAAGAUGUGGAUAAGCUGAAGAAGAAGCUGCGGCACGAGGAGAACGUCCACCGUGCGCUGGAGCGGGCGUUCACGCGGCCGCUCGGCGCCCUACCUCGCCUGCCGCCGUACCUGCCGUCUCAGACGCUAGCCCUUCUCGCGGAGGUGGCGGUGCUGGAGGAGGAGGUCGUCCGGCUAGAGGAGCAGGUGGUGAGUUUCCGGCAGGGAAUCUACCAGGAGGCGACCGUCUUCUCCUCCGCCAAGAACACCCAACUCCCCGGCGGCGAUGCUCCCGUGCCGGCGCAGCUCACACCGCCGAACCCGGUGCUGAAUUCUGACAUCUCACCCGCGACAGAAAGCCACCAUCCUCCCAACGCUCGUCCAUCGUCGCCGCACAACGGCGUGGCCAAUGGCAAGCAAACGCCAACAAAGCCCGUCGUCAACACUACCUCGCCGAGCCAGGAUGACCGGUCCGGGGCAGGGAAAGAGAACCAGUCCUGCAGCAACUCGUCGAGCACGAGCGGCCGCCGGACGCCCAAGUCCAGGCCGACGGCGACGCCGCCCGACAGACGCAGCAGAGCUACUCCCUCUCAGCUAAAUUUAAAAAAACAAACAGCAGAGGCAUGCAUUCUGUGAUUCAGAGUUGUCCGCCGCUGAUAAUUGAUCAGCGUGUAGAUGCUAUUGCAUGCAUCGUCCACGCAGACAGACAAAAACUGCUGCGCCUGACCGUAAAACGCCUGCUGACGCUGCUGCUGGCACUGGCAGCACCUCUGACAAAGCGACGUCCCACGACGACUCGAUCUGGAGCGUGCCGAACAUAGCUGCUCCGAUGCCUGCUGACCAUCUUCUCCGAUGCCUGCUCCGAGGACAAGGAAACGAGGAUCAGCAGGCGCUGUCCCCGUCGGUCUCCGGCUCCAGCGAGAGCUCGUCGGGGUACGCCGCAGGACCCCUACGGGCUACGGCAUCCUGGAGCUGGGCGCCAGGGACACCGGGCCCUACAAGCGGUUCCACGUGGUCGACGCCGCGUCCUUGGACCCCAAUGCGCUGGCCGGCGACGGCGACUGAAAUUCGGCUGCCUGGCGAUCGGGUGGCGGUUUGACUUUGAACGCGCGGAUGCUGAUCGGGGAGAUGCCCAAUUAUGUGCUGAUCUGCUGGGUCUUGCUGCUGGCUGCUGCGGAGGCUGUCGUGGGUUGACCUGGCGUGGGGCUCUCCCAUCAGCACAAGCUGGCGUUCUGGAUCAACGUCUACAAUGGCUGCAUGAUGAAGUCAGAUAAAUGCUCUGCUGGAGAUAGCCUUAACUGGAUCUACUCAUUGCGUGAUGGAUGGUUUUUUGUUAGAAAAAAAGAGAGGCAAAUUCGCAAUUUUGGUCUGCCGCAAAGCAACUACAGCCUGGAUAUGUGGUGGUAGUGGUACUAGCUCUUGGAGGCGUGUGCUUUAAGCCUGAUGAAGCCUGGCAUGUCUGCGUUCCAGGAGCAAGGGAUACCUACCACUACCACCCCGGAAAUGCUCGUGGCGAUGACGGACACACCCAAGGUGCCGGCACAACCGAACCCUUCCCACCUCCAGAUAGGCAGGCGUACGCGCGCAGGGCAUUCACUGAAGGUACCCUGCGCACAGGUUUUGCUUGGCAAUAAAAGGGAUCGAUCGGUCGGAUCGGAUACACUCUGCCGUGCCGAGCCGCAAUGCAGUUUGUACAAGUCUUUUGUAUGUAAAAAAAAAGAAAAGAAAAGGUAAUUGAACCCAACGGGUACAAAUCUACCACGCACGCCGAUACGAGACAAGAAGGACCAGGUCCAGGCGGUAUAAGGCAGGCAGGCCCACCGUGCACCACAGUACCACACUUGCAGUUGCAGCACCCCCACAGAAUUAUGCUAGUGCUUUAGGGCUGCAGAACAGAACUCGUGAUCUCGCGUUGUCACUUGCAGGGACGGAGUCAGAAAAAAGUUUAGGAGGGACUGAACUAAAUUGCUGUAGUAUAAAAACUCAUUUUACAUUA